UCAACACUGCUCAAGAUGGGGCCCUCAGUUGAAAUUGGCUUCUUUACCAGGAACUUCAUGAAUGGCACUAAGAAGUUCUGGGAUUUUAUGAGGACGCAUGACAGUGUGUCAAUCCUGAUCUUUAAUACUUCUCGGCAGUGCUUUGUUGUGGUGAAGCAGUUCCGCCCAGCUGUUUACAUGUGUGAAGUAGAAAGGCAUCAUCCUCAAGUCUUUCAGAAUCAGGACAAGGAGAGCUUCUCUCAUCUAGAGGAUCCCUUACCUGCUCUGGUAGGAGUGACCUAUGAACUCUGUGCUGGCAUUGUAGACAAACCAGGCCUUUCUUUAGAAGAAAUUGCAUGUGGGGAAGUCUUAGAAGAGUGUGGCUAUCGUGUUCCUGUUACAGAGCUAAAGAGGAUCACUUCUUACAGGUCUGGAGUUGGUGUGACAGGUUCUAGGCAGACGUUGUUUUAUGCAGAAGUAACAGACCAGAUGAGAACUGGUGAAGGAGGUGGCCAGGCUGAAGAAGGAGAGCUGAUUGAAGUUGUAGAAAUACCUUUAGAAGACUCUAUGAAGUUUGCUUAUGAUGAGACUCUCCCGAAGACGAUGGGUGUCAUCUUCAGCUUCAUGUGGUUCCAAAACAACAUCGCACCCAAGUUACCAAAAAAAUAAAGCGCCAUGAUUUUAAGAAAAGCUUUCCUGAUGGUUCUGAGGAUAGAAGAAAUUGCAAAUCUGCCUGUCUUGGUCAACUCAACUUUUCACAGAGAAAAAUCUUUCUUUAAAUAAAUUUGGAAAUCUAAAUUAAAAUCCUGACUUGAUUUCCAUCUUUAGUAAAACACUUACAGGCUUCACUGGGGCCAGGAUUUGCCUCUGAGAAGCAAAUGUUGAUUUUUGCACAAAGGCUAAGCAAACGUGCCCAGUUCUCCUUUUCCAUGGCACUGCUCUAUCACUGUUUUGAAGAGUUGCUCAGGACUUUAGCGCAGCUGCUGUACGAGCCUGUCACUCUGGUCUGUACAUACUGGCAGCUGUGUAUUCACUGUAGUUUCUGACAUUUCGGGGGGAGGCAGCACACCAUAAUAGUCACAGAUAAACGCUAACUACGUUCCUGAGUUCUGCACAGCUUUCAGGGAGCAUCUUUCUUGGUGGUGUGUAGCUCCUGUACAAAGAAAAUGUUUGCAUUUCUGAACAUGAAAACCUUUAUUUCAUAAGCAAACAUGUCUGUAAAUCCUUCUGCUAAUGUGUCAUUUUGACAAUAGACCAGCUGUAAGAUUAUGUGCUUCUGUUUGUUCCCACUAUAAUGCUGAGCAGCAGUGAUGUGCUGGAGGGUUGAAUGAUGGGGGCUUCUCCUGGAACACAUGCUUCUUUGUUUGUUUUAUGGGUAAUACUUGAUUAAUUAGAUCAAACUUGGUCCUCUAGAGCAAGACUCGAGAGGCCAAAUUCUUUUAAUUUGACCCUGAGGUGACUAAUACAAGUGAUUUCUCUGAGGUGUGGUCUCUAUUUCCUUAUCACCUAAAUGGGAAGAAUGGGACUUAACCCCUCAGAUAACGCUCCUUGAAAUCUAGUGAUCAGAAGUGCUUUACUGAGAGAUUGUUUCACUGCUUGUGCAGUUUACAUCGAACCCGUGCAACCUGCACAGACGUACUGAGCAGCACGAUUUAAUAAAGUGGUCUAAUUAGAGUGUUUGUUACUGGUUCUAUCAGAGCAGUUUAGAUGUGGACUAUUUGUCAGGUGAAACUGUUAAGAGCAUGAAUGAAAGGGAAUCAAGUGUGGCAAUUUCAUUAUGCACUGGUUUAUGUUAUUCACUGAGUUAAUUAACAUGUCUACAUUAGAUGUGCUUCCAGGAUUACUGAUGGACUAGGUAUGUUUAGAAGAUGAGUACUGCAAAUAUACAGACUUUCAUACAGCAACUGGAAUAAAUGCAGUGCAGAUGCCUGAGGGAUUCCAGUGGCUGAUUUAAAAUCACUGCGUGUCUAAAUAGAUGUGUAAAUAACUUUUUUUUU